AAAAGAACUGUUCAGUGUGGCCAAGCUGAAAGAAUAGUGUGGCCAAAUGACUCAAAUGUGCGUCGAAGGCAGCAGCAGUGCAAUUUCAACAAAAUAAGUUGAAGCAUUUGCGUUGCGAUAUACAAAAAUCAGCAGCAGCAGCAAAAACAACAACACCAACACCAACAGUAGCAGCAACAGCAACAACAGUUUCAAUUGCAAUUUGAGUGAGUGCAUUAGUAACGGGAAAAGAGAAUAAGUGCCGAAAUGGCUGAUCCCGAGAGACAAAGCUUGAUCAACAAAGACGAGCCGACCUCGGCUUCGUACACAUCGUUCCCAACCGAAGGCAACGAAAAUCCCGGCGGCAGCGCCGUAGCCAAUAACGAAGAAGGCAGCACCGCACAGUCGGUGCCUUUUAUUGGUCCUGAUGAGUUGCCACCGCCGUAUCAGAGCAGCGGCACAGGUGGCGUACCAAUGGUCACCUGUCGCGUGUGUCAAAACAUGAUUGACAUAACUACAAAGCGGGAGCAACAUGUGGUCAAGUGCACUCACUGCAAUGAAGCAACUCCAAUAAGGAACGCACCUCCCGGCAAGAAGUAUGUGCGCUGUCCUUGCAAUUGUUUGUUGAUCUGCAAGAGCUCAUCGCAGCGCAUCGCUUGCCCACGUCCCAAUUGCAAGCGCAUCAUCAAUCUGGCUCCCAGUCCAGUGACACCUCCCGUGCCCACCAUGCCGGGCAUGUGCCGUGUCACCUGUGGUCACUGCUCGGACACAUUUUUGUUUAACACCUAUCAUAAUGCACUGGCACGCUGUCCACACUGCAGAAAGGUCUCUUCGGUAGGUUCACGCUUUGCCAAUAGUCGUGGAAUUCUGUUUGCUAUCGUCGCAUUGCUCUUCCUUGUUGGCAGCAUUGGUCUAACCGUUGGCACAAUCACAUAUGCAUCGCAACAUGGCGGCAUGUAUAUUCUUUACAUUGCAUUGUUUUUCAUUGCGGCAAGCAUGUUGGCGCGUUCCGUUUACUAUUUCCGACUAAAAGUUAGCGCGAUCGAUGGUCCCAUGUAAGAUUCGCGGCGCGUCGGUUAAUUCGGAAGUGCAUUGUUUUAUUUUUAUAAAUAUAUAUAUAUCACACAUAUAUAUUAUGCAUAUAUAUCAUUCCUUUUGAUAUUAAACAAGAAAGAAUCCCUUAAAACGUAAUGCAACCGCAAAUAGAACACGAACAGCAACAGCAAAGGACAAAGCAAUUCGAACACAUUUUCAUAUGCAGAACCGCCAAGCUCCUAAUCAAAAAGAAAACAUAAAAUCAUAUAUAUAUAUAUUUAAAUGAAACAGCAAAAAACGUAGUUUUGUCGCGCAUCUUACAAGAGUUAUUCGUGUUGAAUUAAUAUUAAACUUAGCUAAAUAACUCCACAGCAAAGUAACUCCACAUUUAAAGUGAUUUCUAAAAAGCAUAAUUAAGACUUUAAGCCGAGCGCGUAAAACCUACAAUUGAAAAAUUAAAUUUAAAUUUAAAUAUAAAUGAAAAAGCAGCAACAAUUAUAUAACUGCAGCAAACAGAAAGCAAAAGCAAAUGCUUAAAACGAAUAAACAUAAAGUGCUAAAAGGGGAACUAACAACUCUAAGCAGUCAUUAGACCAAGGGACAGAAUAGACUGACGGACACAUAUUGGACAGACAGACAGAUUGAAGAAAUUGAAAAUAUAUUUAUGGCA